AUGUCACUGGUCCAAGAUAACAAUCAAUUUCACGUCAUCGACAAAAAGAAGGAUUUUAGAAGAAACCUGUUGAGUUUUAGAGGAAGGCAACAUGUUGGGUUCAUUAAUCAAGGUUUUGGAUUAUAUUUUUCAUCGGUUAUUUCCUAUCAAUUAUAUCUGGAUCCAUUCAUAUCAUUAUUAUUCAACAUAGUAUUCAUUACUGGUGGUUUCUUUGGCAAUAUCAUUUAUAAUUAUACAUUACAUAAAUAUACAUAUGAAUGGAGUGUAUAUUUAAUGUAUAUAUCUUCUAUAAUUGGAUGGUCUUUAAUGUGUCUUAUUGAAGUAUAUGAGAAUGAAGAGAUAAUAUUUUUAAUCUGUUUGUUUAUUGGACACUUUUUUAUAGGAUUAUAUGUUGGAAUAAGUUUUAAUAUUUUACCAAUUAUAUUUCAUACUAUAUUACCUUCACGUUGGAAGUAUACAGCUUAUAGUUUUCCAUGUUUUAUGAUAAAUUUUUCUGUUGGAAUCUCUUUUCUACUAACUGUAGUUUUUAGUUGGAUAUUAAAUUCUUGGUUUUGUUUAUUAUUUUCAAUUUUUGGUUUCAUUAUUAGUUUAAACCUUCAUGUUUUGUUGAAUGUAAAAGAUUAUUUCAAUGUUCAACAUUCGAAUGAUGAACAGAUGGCUAUGGAUCAUACGGCAAAGAAAUUUAAUUCACUUAAAUGUUCAAAAGUACUUCUAUUACUGUCAUUUUUCCAAGCAUAUCUUGGACCAGAUUUUCUGCUUAACAAUGCACAAUAUAUGUGCUCAACUUUAGCUACUAAUACCUUUUUAUGUCAUCUAAAUAUAAUUUUACUAUUAAACAUAUUCUUAGGAAUCGCUGUACAUUUUGCUCAUAUUAUAUAUGGUACAUGGAAUUUAUUGAUUAGUGCUGUUUUAUCAGCUAUGGUGUUUUGGAUAAUCUAUAUACAGAAAAUUUCUUCUGUUGAUCCAAGAAUUUUAUUACCAUCAACAAAAUUGAAUAUCUUAUUGAUUAUUUUGUCUGGUGCUUAUUCUUUUGGUUGGGCACAACUACCUUAUAUUAUAUUGAUGUAUAGAAGUACACAACAAAUAAUUUAUAAUCAAUACUUUCUUUUCGAGUACUUCUUUACCUGGUGGUUAUCACGUUUUAUUCUAGCAGUUGUAUAUCAUUUUUCUACUCAACUAUGGAGUUUUUAUUCUAUAUGUCUCUAUAUAUCUGUAAUGCAUUUAUUAGCUUGUGUUACAGUAAUAUUUCACUAUUUCAUAAGUUAACUAAUUCCCCCCCCCCCCCCCCCUCAAAUUGAGUGCAUACUACUACUUUCUAAGAACAAUAAACCAUUAAUUAUACUUUUUUUUUAAUUGUUAUGUUUAUUCUUAACCUAUUUCUGAUAGUCCUAUUACUUUUUCUAAAUAUUGGUUUUUAUUUGCUUUUUAGGUGUUUUUUUUGGAACUAUCAAACUUUUAAGCGUAAAGUGUUUUCAAUCUUUUCUUCUUAUGACCAAAACCUUGUAACAAUAAACUUUCAUAGAUUGA